CGUCAGCGCCGCGCGACGCGGGCCGCGACCCUCUCGUGGCCGGCGGGAUCCGAACUGCUGACCAGCAAAGUUGGUCCACGGUGACAGCGGCGGCCGCAGCAGGUGGAGAGCAGGGCCGGCGGCUGACCCCUGCGCGUGUCCCCGGGGCUCUGAGGAGGAAUGGCAGCUGCGGGCAGCCCGCUGGGCCUGCUGUGGCGCACUGCCAUGAAGACCGCUGCCCCCAGGCCCCGCGGCCUGCACGUGUCCCCCUGGUGGGCGGAUAGCAGCAGGGCCUCUCUCGCUCGCCUGCGUCGCCAGGCCUACGCGCGCCUCUACCCCGUGCUGCUGGUCAAGCAAGAUGGCUCCACCAUCCACAUCCGCUACAGGGAGCCGCGCCGCAUGCUGCUGAUGCCCCUGGACCUAGACACCCUGUCUCCCGAGCAGCGCCGGGCCCGGCUCCACAAGCGUGGGGCUCAACUCCGACCCAAGGAGGAGGACCCAGAGCUGGCCGAUGACUUUGACGUGGAGCGUUACAGACGGUUUUGGACCCAGAAGUGAAAUGUGACUCAGAGCUGUCUGCCCGUGUGAUGAGGACUGCAGGGUGCCUGUCUGUACAUGAUGCGUUUCCAAGCCA